AUGCUGCAAAGCAUCUAUGGAGGUGCUCCCGCCGCGCAACCACAAGACGCCCUCGGCAACCUAUCGAAGAGCAUGGUAUUCGAUUCCUUCAACAAACGAUCGGUUGACACCGGGGUACUGAUGGGCAAACCACAACCCGUCAAAGAGGACAGCUUUGAGCCUUACCACCUGCACAUCUAUGCUCACAAGCACAACACACACAUCACGUUUACGCUGCCCAACAGGAGCUCCGUCCUUUCGCUGUCCUGCGGUAACGUGGGCUUCAAAAAGUGCCGUCGUGGCACCUUCGAUGCGGCCUACUCGUUGGCCAAAUAUGCGCUGGAGCGCCUCGUUUACAUGGGGUACACGACCAAGAUCAACCGAGUUGAGCUGUCCCUGCGUGGAUUUGGCCAGGGACGCGACGCCUCCAUUAAGGCGUUGAUGAGCCCCGAAGGAGCCUUUCUACGCGACAAGAUUGUCCGAGUAACGGAUGCCACCCGUGUCAAGUACGCCGGUACUCGGAGCCCAGCCAAGAGGCGUCUGUAG